CGCCGCGCACAAUCGUCGCUAGUGGAGCGAGUCGGGCUGAUCGGAGGGAUGGUUCAGGCUUACCAAUGUUUAGUUCACUAGAGGAGAGAGAGAGAGGGAACGAAGGAGGCACACAUAUCGAGACUCCCAUCCACACCUGUUGGUCCAACGAGGAAUCACAGAACAACAUCCGGCAGCGUUUUUUUUUUCUUUUUCCCUUAUUGUGUUGUAGUUUAUUGCGUUUUCCGAUGUUUGCCUGUGAUUGAACACUUCAUGAUCGCCGGUCAUUCACUAGUGAUGUCAUCUUCUCACGGGACUCUAUAUUCAUUUACUUGUCCACGAAGCCAUGGAUUAAUUCACCAGUCAUUAGAAUCUGGCAAUGCGAAGGAGUUGGAUGUUGACGGUGUGCUGGUGCGCAAUCGUGCGCCCCUGUAUGCUUAGUCUGGACAGACUGGUCCCGUGUGAGAAGAGAGAAUUGAGAUGUGUUGGAGCCGAAUCGUGAACUGAUAGUCAAUCACAGCUCUGGUCACGCACUGUGUGUCUGUGAAAAGUCUGAUGAUAUUUCCUGGCCUAGCCGUGUUGUAGUCUGGCGCCUGGAAAAUAAUGCCAAAAAAGAAACACCGCUGUGACGUCACAACGCCCAGAGAGUCGAGCCAAGGAGAAAGAACGAGAGCUUCAAAGAGUCUUCGCUGAGAAAGAACGGUCACUCCAAGAGACCCAGCUGUCAGUGGCCAAGAAAUUGGGCGAGGCUGAACAACAGAUUACCUCCCUUCACGCCGCUUUGGAGAGUGCCCAGUCUGAACUGUUUGAAGUAAAAGCGAAAUAUGACGAGGCCACAACAGCAAAAUCAGAUGAAAUGGAGAUGGUAAUGGCCGACUUGGACAGGGCUAAUGAGAGAGCUGCCAAUGCUGAGAGACAGGUGGAGCGUCUGAGAUUGCAACUUUCCCAAGUAACUGAGAGUCUGAGCCUACAGGCUGAAGGCAGCAAGGGCCACCUGAGCCUGACGUCAGAGCAAGUGAUGGACAAUCUGAAGAGAUCUACCCAGGAGAUGGAGCUGGCUGCUAAGGAGAAAGAGAUAGCCCAGUUGGUGGAAGAUGUACAACGACUGCAGGCUUCACUUAAUAAACUCAGGGAAUCUACAUCAGAACAGGUUGAAAGGUUAGAGAAAGAACUGAGCUCUAAGAAUAUGGCAUUCCGUGCACUAGAAGAAAAACUGAGGUCCCAAGAAGACUAUGAAGAAGUCAAACGAGAGUUGAGGGUACUCAAGUCUAUAGAGUUUGCAAAUGCCUAUACUGGACCAGAGGAGGGGAAGACUCUGGAGAUGCUGCUGCUAGAGAAGAAUAAGAGUCUACAGACAGAGAGCACUCACCUGAAGGUGGUCAACGCUGGGCUUACAGAAAGUCCUACCACAUCCCCAUCCACCAUCACUACCACCACAACUAGCAGUAGCAUCAAAUGGUCUGCCUUAACCAAGCUCUCUUCAUCAAUACCAUCAUCAUCAACUACAGCAGCAGAAGCCAGCCUGACACCCAGCCAACCACUGGCCUUGGAUAGGUCUUCAUCUUCCUCAUCCACGUCCUCAUCCAAAUCUGAUUCAGUCUCAAGAACUGUUGCCCUUGUGGCUAGCAACGGGGCCAUCAGCAGCCCACCAGUUUCUGCGGUAAGCGCUGUCAAGCAGGAAGUGCCAUCUCCGGUGUCUUCUACGCCGAGACUGCCACCUUAUCAGCCUAUUGACUCUAUCGUGGGUUACUCUGGCUCAGACUCUUUUCUGUACAGAAUGCCGAGCACGCCUUCUUCUGGUCGACACUCCCCAAACACAAAUUGUAAACUUUCGCCGGAUAUACCCACCCCUUCGCAGACUCCACAUGCUAACAGCUUACCACCUCAGUCGUCGAUCACUCUUCCACCUCACCUAGACCCUCGAAACUUUGCUCCACCAAUGUCACCGUUUUAUGGGUUUCCUGGCAGUCCAUUUCACCCAGCAUUCCUGCCACUGAACAUGGUCAAGUCUGAGGUGAAUACUUCCCCAGGGGGACUGGACACUGGCUAUGUGGCCAAGAAUGUCAGGGAACUGCUCAGCAUUCACAACAUAGGGCAAAGACUUUUUGCAAAGCAUGUGCUUGGCCUUAGCCAGGGGACAGUCAGUGAGUUGCUAUCAAAACCAAAAUCCUGGGAUAAACUUACAGAGAAAGGCAGAGAAUCGUAUCGCAAGAUGCAUGCCUGGGCCACAGAUGAAAAUAACAUAAUGGCACUCAAAGCUAUCUCACCAAAGAAAGGCACACAGCCACUUACACCUAAUAAUUCAUACAAAGAGAAAGAAGAUUCAGUAACUGAGGAGCGCAUUGCAAACAUACUAAAUGAAGCACAGGUAGCCAUGCACAUGAAGAAAAGUAUGGAACAGCAACAAGUGGCUAAUGCUGUUGUGUCUAGUAUUUAUCAUCAUGAACUGUCCAAGAUGGGCGGUGCUCCACCCGGGCUGACGAUGAUCUCUCCCACCAUGCCCCCGACAUCUCUGUCCAAUGGUCCACACUAUCCUCGUGAUGGCUCACGGAAGUCUAGGGACAGUGAAUCGAGGCAGCAUAUGUCAUCUUCUGCCCAGGAAGAGGCAGCCUCUGCCCAGGAGUUGGUAUCCAGGAUCUACAGGCGAGAGCUAGAGAAUCUCAAGAAAGCAGCUGAUGCUGCAGGGAACAUUGCGGCUAGUGCGAUGUAUUCCAAAGAGCUGAGCCGCCUGAACAACAGUGUGACAAUCUCCUCCUCAUCCAGGCACCAGCAGAACUCACCUCCAUCUCCACCACAGGCAGAGAGUCCACAAUCACCGCUAGCAUUAGACUGCCGCUCAACUCGUCCCAAUGGGCUUCGCUUGAAAACUGAGCCCCCAGACAGCACCUCUGAGGAAUUGGCAUCUCAGACCAACAACUAUGGUGCUAUAGACCUCAGUAAGCCCUCUUCUCAAUCAGGAUCUACCCCAGACUCUUCCCCUAGUAGUGAGUCUGGUCGACAUGCUGGAAGUGCCUUUUUCUUAGUUCGUCCCAGAGGACUGGGAGUGAAUGGUCAUGACUCCAAUGUUUCCAACAGCCCCUUAACCCCGACUCCUCAGCAGCAGCAGAAUUCAAUGGGUGGCCCCCGGUACGGGUCUGUCCCACCUGCAGAAUGCUUGUCUCCCUUACAGAGAAUGCAAAAUAUUGCCAACUCCCUGACUACGCGGCCACCAGCAGGUAUGCCAAACACUAAACCUCUGCGGGCAGUGUUACCCCCAAUCACACAGGAGGAAUUUGAUCGUUAUGCCAACAUGAACACAGAUGACCUGGUAAAAAAGGUUAAAGAAACCUUAUCACAGUAUUCAAUAAGCCAAAGACUGUUUGGCGAAAGUGUUCUGGGCCUGUCCCAGGGGUCUGUGUCUGACCUUCUAGCUCGACCUAAACCUUGGCAUAUGCUGACUCAGAAAGGAAGAGAGCCAUUUAUAAGGAUGCAGAUUUUCUUGGAAGAUGCAGACUCCAUUCCAAAACUGGUGGCUUCCCAGUAUCGCAUCCCACCUGACAAAUUGAUGAGGUCCAACUCAAGGGGAUCCACAGAACCUGAGUCCCCUUGUGAUCUGCCUGUUCACUCUCGUAGUCAGGGCAGCUCAUUGCCUCAGCAUCCAGCACCACCUCCUCUUCUAGCCUCUCAGCCACCAGCAGCACUCACCAACCCCUCACUACGACCAUCUACCCCUGACUCACCAUCUUCACCAUCACCACAGCCAUCCCCAGCACUGUCAGCUCCUAGGCACUACCCACUUCCGCCCCCUUCCCUACCCCACUCCCCAAUUCUGCCUUCACCUACCACCCCAACCAUUGUGGGGGGUAGGCUGGUGCCCCCACCUUUGUUGCCCCCUACGCUGCCCCUUGGUUUGGGCCCGCCAGCCCUGCCUCUCCCAGAACACUUCUUUAGCUCAGACCAGGUCAUGCUUCAGCGGGCCUGGAGCACCUUCGCUUACCCCUCUUCAAUGCUUGAGGUCAUUGCCAUGACUUCAGAGAUUGACACCUUGUCCUUGACCUCUAGGGUAAAGGAUGUGCUCCAGUUCCACAACCUGGGCCAGAAGCUGUUCGGGGAAGCAGUGCUGGGCCUAUCCCAAGGCUCUGUGUCUGAGCUCCUCUCCAAGCCCAAACCUUGGCACAUGCUGAGCAUCAAGGGGCGUGAGCCUUUUAUCAAAAUGCACUUGUGGCUGUUAGACCCUCAGAAUGUGGAGCAUCUAAAGCUCUAUCAGACACAAAUGAAAGCUCACAGACGAAGAAAAAGCAGUUUAGAGGAUAGAAAUUUCGACUCCCCAACCCAGCCGAAACGACCUAGAGUCUUUUUUACAGAAGAUCAGAAAGAUUCUCUGCGUCAGGCCUAUGCUCAAGAUCCAUACCCCAACCAGAGCACAAUAGAAACUUUGGCUAAAAGUUUGAAUGUGGGUGUGAAGACAGUCAUUAACUGGUUCCAUAACCACAGAAUGCGGGCCAAGCAGCAGCACCACGCUGGCGGGGAGUCCAACAUUAAGUCUGAGCCGGAUGAGAGUUCAAAUCAAAGUGACAUUUCCAGCAUGUCAGGGGAUGUAACCUCCAACUUGCCAAGCGGGCAGUUCUACCACGGUGGAAUCACCCCCACAGAGCUGAAUCAGUGGAUGUUUCCCCAGUUUGAGCCCAUGUCGCUCAUGCAUAAACUGCCCCCAGGCCACGAUGAUGAGGACAACAAGGAGAACAAUGGUGGGCUAGAGGACGAUGAGGAUGACUUGGAUGAGCCUGAUGGUAUGGAUGCCACCAGCAGCAACAACAACAACAACCUUAAAGUCAAAGAGGAGGAGGAAGAGAAUAGAGAGAGUGAGAGUCGGGAGAGGAGGCCAAGUGGUGAGAUGAAGAGUGAAGAUGGCCUCAAAUCUAACGCUAGCUCCGAAAGCUGUUUAGACAGCCGCACAAGUGCUGCUGUAUCAUCUAGUAACAGUGGUGCUGCAGGCAGCGUUAACAAGCGAAAACGCUCCAACCCCCAAAGAAUAUUUGAAGGCGCUCAGCUAGACAGGACAUUUGGGAUGGACAAAAGUCAAGGGUUAAUUGACGAAACUGCCGAACUUCUCAGAAACAGUGAAAGUUCAGAUAGUGGUAGUAACAGCAGUGGGGAAGAGAAGCAAGUUUAUAUUAAACCUUCUCACUGCCAUCUAAAUGGUGAACAAGACACUUUGUCACACUACAACUGUGAGGAUGCCAGCGCCACUAGCAGUGGAGCCAGUGGUAGCUGUGUGUCCUCAAGACACACAUUUGAAAGUGGUUCAGUACAUCGUAUACAGAGAAUAGAGAAAAUUCAAAAGGCCAUUAAGUCUCCAGUGGAACAUUGGGAUGACGAUGAUGAAGAUGAAGACAGGAGCAGGAGCCUGUCUUCCAUUCAGAAGCUACAGAAGCACAUAGAGACCAACUCAACUCAUGAGGAUUGGGAUAUCUUAUGAUGGUGUUCCCUCCCUUGUAAUAUUACACAUCUUUCCUCUUAUGUUUGACUUUUUGUUUGUCAAACUGGACAGAGGCGCAGACAGAACUUCAGUUUUUUGUUUGUAUGUAUAUCAAAGUGUUUUUAAACAUGUGUUUAAAACAACGAACUCUGUUCCUCUUGUUCUUCUAAGUAACGUCUGAACAGAAUCACUCAAUGGUUAAGAAUUUGUGUAUGGACUUUCAUAUAUAGUAUAAAUAUAUACAUAUAUUUUUGCAUUUUUUUUUUUGUCUUCAUUUUGUUUUAAGCAUAUAAAGGAAGCUUUAAGAAAUUGUGAAAACUUUUGAUCUAAAGUUGAAAUGUUGUAUUGACUCUAGACUUUCCUUGUCCUCCUGUCACAAGCUUGGAUGUUGAAUCAGGUUGAUUUGAUUUAACACUUUUUCAACUCUUUCAAAGUCCCUAAGUGUGUCAUUAUCCAUCAUUGCCACAUUUUUUUUUAAUCAGUUGUUCUCUUCUCUAAGAAUCUCAGUCCAAGAUCUGAACAGGAGACAAAAAAAAAUUUAAUAAUACAAGCGUCUCAUAAGAUAUAGUUUCCUUGAAUUAAUUUGCAGAGUUGGGGGUAAGGUAUAUUUUAGGACUGAAAAGAGCUAUGUCAAGGAUGUGCCCUAUGAAACUGACUCUUUUUCUUCUGAAGAAUUUGUUUUUUGAAGAGCACUGCCUUGUUCUCCAGACUCCACCUGAAAUAGUGGAGUCCCAGUUUGUUACAUCUUUGCUCUUUCUUCCCUUUUCUCAGAUCUAGAUCUAUCUCUCUGGUGGGUUUUUUUUCUCCCCUGUGUACAGUAUUUGGCCCAGAGAUUGUGUUGUUGUUUCAUCUCUCUGUUACAAUGUUUGGACUAUGAUCAAGACAGCGCACAGCCCAAAACAAACAAGUAUUACUUCCAAAGUGAUCUUUUCUCAAUGUUGUUACUUCCUGAUUGAAUGACAAUUUUUGUUUCUUCUGUUGUCUUUUUUUUUUCCUUGCCGGCUUUAUUUCCACAGGGGGAUACAAUGUUGUUAUAAAUAUUUUGCUCGCUGUGUUUAAGUUUUUUUUUGUGUGUGUUGUUUUUUUUUUUUCAUGCUAAUAGAUUUGUUUUUGUUCAAGUGGCCAGAAAGCUGUAUUUGUAUUUACAGUGAUGGCCAGGAAUACUGACAUGAAAAAAACAUAACAAAAGAAAAUGUCGAUGGCAAGUAGUGGUACUACAGUUCUAAUCCAUGUUGUGAUGGCCAAAUUAUCAAAUGUUUGUUCUGGACUUAGCUUUGUAUUGGAAAUGUAUCAAGGCAGCUUUUUGUUUCAAAUACAUCAUUUUGAUUUCUUUGUGCUGUAUGAGUUCAUCUUAUGCUUCAAUAUACAGUACAAGGUUUGCAUAAAAUAAUGUCAUUCUAAGAAGUCUCACAGACCCAGCAUGAAUACUCUGUUACUCUAUGUCUACCUCUGACAGUAGGGCUAGAAGAAAUCUUUCUUUCACUUUUCAUUUGGUGGCUUAAUUUUUUUUUUUUUUAAUACAUUUUGUUUUAUAGAUAAAAAGUAGAAAACUGCCUUGGUUAACUAAAAAAAUAAAUAUAGAAUGAUCUAACAUUUUAAAGAGAAUUGGUUGUCAAAGACCAAUCCCAGCAAUUUAUACAGAAAAAAAAAACUCCUGUAAAUAUGCUCUUGUAAAAGUAAAGUUUCAAAUCAUCUGUUAAAUAUUGAAUGCUAUUACAUUAAAUUCACACCUGGUUAAACAGUUUCAGUUUUUUUUUUAGUAGUCAUUUAAUGUUGGUUUCUUUCUUUUUAGUAUAUUGUUCUUCAAAGGUAAUAUAACAGUAUUUCUUUGUUUAAUGCAAGAAGGCAGCUGUUUUAGAAAGCACUAUUAAAAAAAAAAACAGUGUGCACACUGCUCCUUUCUUACUCUACACUCAGACAUAGACAGUUUAUGGAUUUUUAACUAAUUUGACUUGAAUCCUAUAACCUGAAAGACAUUAUUUCAUAUUGUCAACGCUAGUUGGGUUACUUUUAUUCACUUUAUGCAUAUAUAUAUAUUUAUUGUAUCUUAAGUUUUCUUUCUUCUGGUUCCAGCAUUCCACGCAUACAUUUUUUUCUGGGCAUGCUGCUAUCUAUGGUGUCCACUCAUUUAUCUGCCAUCUGGGUUCCUUUCCUCCAAGCCCGCUCUCCCCUUUCCUCCCUAGCACAUUGUUUUCUUAUGCCAUUAUUCAUUCACUUUGAAGAGCUCUCCUGUUUGACCUCUGAACUUACUGCCUCUUUGCUGCCCCCCCCCUCGCCCCCAUUAACCACUUUUUUUUAAAACAUGUAUUUCAAUGCAAUGAUCUGGUUAUUGACAUAUUAUCCCCAAAUAGCACCCCACUCCCUCUUGUUUUGUUUCAAUACUUUGUUGUGUUUUAUUUUUUAAAAUCCCAGGAAGUAAAUCUUUUGUGUUCAGAAACUAAUCUUUAUUGGUGCUUUAAUUUGAAUUGUGUGCAAUUUCUGGAUCUGUGUUCUCCUAUUGGUCAACUUAUAUAUAUAUUUUUUUUUUAAAUCCACCUUUUUUGAAAAUUGUUAGUGAAAAGUAAAAAAUUAUAUCAAACAAUAGCGUACAUAUAUUUUUUAUAGGAUACUUCACUUUAAAACAAUGUACUAUGACAAACAAAGUGUUUAGUUUUUCUCCCCAUGCUGUGGUCCAUGGCUAGAACUAUUAGGUAUCAGAGUUAGUUGUUUUGUUGUUUUUUUGUUGUUUUUUUUUGUGUAAUGGCUUUAAUAUGGCCGAUAUUUUCAAACUCUGUGCCUUAAUUUUAUGUUGUUUUUUGUAACUGCUUUUUUUUUUUUGUUUUGUUUUUGUAUGUGCAUUUAUGAAAUGUAAACUCAGUGUUUAGGUCACCAUUUAAGUGUUCUAAUUGUGUUCAUCUGACCUGGAGGUACCUCCCCUCUCAACCUACCUUUACAGAAUUAUGUUGAUCAUUUAGUGGAAUUGUUUGGUGCUCUGAGGCUGAUCUGUUGUAAUCUGUUCCUAUACACAAAAAAAAAAACUAGUUUAAAAGUGUUCAUCUCUGUUGCAAUAAGAAGCUUUUUUUAGUUUCUUUUGAUGUGUUCCUAUCUUAAAUAAAAAAGCAUUAGUUGGGUUUAUUUGUUUAUAUUAAAAAAAAAUGUUAAUUGGAUUUAUUUGUUCCUAUUUUAUUAUUUAAAAAAACAAUAUUAGUUGGGUUUAUUUGUUCCUAUUUUUAAAAAAACAAUAUUAGUUGGGUUUAUUUGCUUAUAUUUAAAAAAAAAAAAAACAUUAGUUGGGUUUAUUUGCUUAUAUUUAAAAAAAAAACAGCUGGGUUAAUUUGUUCAUUUUUUUUUUUAAUUGAUGUAUUGCCAUAAUGAUAUAUAUAUAUAUACAGUUGCAAGCAGCUAUAAGAUUCUCAUUAAUGAUAAUGUUGUUUGUUUGCAAAUAAAAUGAACUGGGAAAGUUGAUUCUAAAAGUUUUGUUUCAACCUUUUUUUUUUCUUUUUGUAAUGGCCUAAUGAGACAACAUUGUCAUCUCUACUGACCUUUCUGUUUUGCAUCAGUUUGGAUCAAGUGUUGCUCAUUCUGUGCUCAGUAGCCUACAUCUUGGCAAUGUAUAGAAAGAUAUUUAAGUUUUAGUCAGGCUGAAUUGUUGAGCUCUGUAGCACAACAACUUUGGUUGCAGUUUUUCUUUCAAAGUGUAAGGGCAACAGGCUCUAUGCAAGUUACAUUUCUUAGCAAACAGCUUUGAGGUUAUGGAAAAGGAAUGAAAUUUUGUUUUUAAGGUACAAAUUAUUCACUAAAUGUUUUGUUUGAAAACAAGGGCUCAGACAUUCUAAAUUUAUAUGCUUUCAAUUCCUUUUUGCUUGAUUGGGUUUAACAAUGAACAUUUUUUUGAACUUGUGUUCAUUUAUGGAUAAAUCAACAGUUAAGCGUUCGUACUCCCUACUGCUAGAGAUACCAGGGACUAUUUAAUCCAUGUACCUUCUUAAAAAUACAUUUUCUGUUGUAGUGUCCUGAGCGUAGUCCAAGUCUUUUAAAGCAUGUCAAUUUCUUAUUUUGCAAACUGCCUUGAUAUAGUUUUUAGUUUCACUUUUUUUCAUAGUACCUGAUGUUGUAUCCCAGAUUUAUUUUUGUUUUUUGUUAUGUAUCUUGCACCAGUAGUUGUGUGCCACACCUGAUUUGUUCAUGUGACCCUUGGCCUUUGAUCGCAGUGGCUUUGUUUUAUUAGAACAUUUGUUUUUGUUUGAUAACAUGAAGUACUGUUACCAGCGUACAGUCGUUUGUUGUAUCUGUGGAUACAUUUGAGAAUCAGUUUGACUUGAUGACCUUAGUGUUCCUUCUGUAGAGUUGGGUUUUUUUUUGUUUUUUAACUGUUUGUUUUGUUGCUAAAUGUAGGUUUGUAUUUUUAUUAAGCCACUACACUUUUCAUUGAUAUGUAUUAUACAUAUAUUUUCAAAAACACAUAUAUAUAUAUAUAUAUAUACAUACAUAAAUAUACAUAUAUAUAUAUAUAUAAUUAUAUAAAACAGAUUUUGUUUGAUUGAUGACUUAUGUUAUAAUGUUUCGUUACUUCAAAUGUGUGUUGUAUUGCGCCAGUAAAUGAUUGCCAGGUCAUACUAAUAAUAUUGUUCUAGGUGACUGUAUUGUGUAUAUAAUGUAUACAUGUAGACAUAAUACGUUUCCAUACAGUUUAAACCUUGGAAACUUUGAUUACUCGUAUGUUGUUUUUGUUGUUUUUUUUUCGCCCUUUGUUUUGUUCUGAGGGUGUUACUGUUUUGACUGAGCAUCAGUUUCUUUUGGCCAAUGCUUUAUUAUUUUUUCCUUACAUUUUACACACAAUUUUCUGUUGAGAAAUGGCCAGCACCUCAAGUAUAACUUACAACUAUGUCAAUGUCAUGUUUCUGAAGUUUUUCAGCUUUGUUGACUUUUUUUUUUUUUGUAUUUCUCCUCUGCCAUGAAGUCACAUUUUAUUUGGGGGGCAUCUUGUUUUCAAUGCUGCUCCUACUGUGUACAAACUAUGCUCUACAGAAACCCAAAGAUUUCAGGCUUUUUUGUUGUUCUUAGCAUAAGGAGAGUGUUUUUUGUCGUCCCUACCAGCGCAGCUCAUUUUUUUGUUUGUUUUUCAUUUCGAUCACAUCAUGCGUCUUUAUAUUAUUAUACAGCCAGCUGAUUUAUAUGUCAGAUACUAGUUUUAUUUCUUUCUUGGAGCUUGUCUGGGCAUGGAGCUCAACUGAUAACAUUGUUGUUGUGGCAUUGUCAGCUUGGUGAAGCAAGAAAUGGACUUUUUAACAGUGGUUUAACUCUCUUCAUAAUAUUUAUAUUUUCAAAACAUAAGAUUACAUCAAAAGUUGCAUUAUUAAAGAAACAUCUUAAAUUAAAUGUUGAUGGAAUUAAAUUUACUUCAAUGAGAGUAUCGCCAUUUAAAAUUUAAUUGUGCUUAGAUAGAUAGAAGAGAGGGGGGGGGGUAUAUACUUCUGAACACACGCACACAAACUUUGACAUUGCAUUUUCUAUUUGAUUGCAGUUCUAUGUAGGCUUGUAGAUAUACAUCUUAUGUUUCUGAUAUUCAGUGCUGUUUUACAUUUGUGCUUAUUUUGUUGAAUGUUUUAAAGACUAGUAGAUAGUAGCCAGUAGAAGAGAAUCUAAAGUAGAUGAUUUCAGAAUUAGAUGGUAGCCAAUAGAAGAGAAUUUAAACUAGAUGAUUACAGAAUUGUAUCAUUGUGUUGUCCAAAUCAUUGAAAAUAAAAAUCUUGUGCCUUGAAAUCUUUCUAAACCAUUGGUCAGUUUGGGCCUGAUGAAAUCUGGCUUAAUGUUAAUGUACAUUGUCAACAAUACCUAAAGUCUUCUAAUUCCAGUCAAAAAUUUGAGAUGGGCAUCUUUUAAAAUGUAUGGCACAUUGUGUUCAGGUGUAUCCUACAAGCUAUGAAUGUGUCUCACUCCUUUUGUGCAUUUGGUAAAAUAAGGAUAGGGUUAAAAUGUAUGCUCUGAUUCAUUUUUGUUUGGGGUUUCAAUUCUAUUUUGAUACAUGCAUGUUGAAACAUAGUAUACAAAAAAAAUAAUAAUAAAAUAACAGACUUACUGUAGCUGGUUAUUUGUUGAGCCAUUUCACUGUGGCAAAUCUAGAAGUUUAGUCCCAGAUGUUAGAGCCUUGAAACAUUUACUCUUAAAAUUUCUAAUGAACAAAAGGAUGACUAACAUAAAACUUGGAUUCGAUGACUUACUGGGUUGGAUUUGAUUAUUAUCAAACAUAAAUCUGCAUUGGAUUUGAUGAUUAACAAACAUAAAUCUGGGUUGGAUUUCAAGACUUAACAUAAAUCUGGAUUGGAUUUCAUGACUUAACAUAAAUCUGGGUUGGAUUUCACCUUUUCUUUUUGUUGUUGGAGCAUAGUUUGUUUAUUCAAAUAACAAGUACAGUUAGAAAACCAGAAAUUUUAUCCUGGUUCAAAUUUCAGAUCUUUUUGAUUGGUUUAUACACAAUCUCAGUGCUUUUGAAACUGAACUUGAUUGGGUUUAUUCGGGCUCCAAGUCUGAUCCCUUGUGCUCUAACAUCAUCUAGUCAUAUAGUGUCACGUGUUCACUUCUCAUCCAAGUUUCUGUUCAAUGAUCUGAAAUGUUCUAGAACCAUUCCAAAGUUUGCUCACUUUUUAAUCUACUUGCAGGUCUGGCUGAGUUUGGGUUUAAUUUGGGUUCUAAUAGGAACCUUUUUUUUUAGAUUGAAUAGUAUGUUUGUUUUAGUUGGGCUUUUACAUAUGUAGAGGACUACUGCCAGAACAUUUAGUUUGUCAAUGAUGAUCAGUUCUGGUUUAUUAUUAUGAUACAAGUGUCUGUAAUUUCUUCUGUUAUAUAAUAAAUUGACACAAAUAAAUGAACUAAAUUAAAAUUUUGACUUGAAAUCAAAUUAAAAAAAAAAAUUGUUUCUUCUAUGUAUAUUCUUUGAACUAGGACACUCUUUGUAAGACAAAUGUUUAGAGAUGAGAAUGUUUUUCAACUUAGAUCAAGUUGUUGGGUUGUUGUUUUUGUUUACCUGAGACUACAUCUGUCUAGCCUAGCUUCUGAAUAUGAUGAAUCGUUGUACAGUUCUAACUUCAAGUAUCAGUUGUUUUUGCAACUGUUGUUAACUGGGUAAACUUUAGCAUUUUUGUUUAACAGCAACAGAAUUUUUUUUCUUCUUCUAAAACAAACUUUUUGCUCAGCUGUUGUAUGCCUGCACACAUUUCAUGGCAGGAGGCCUCUCUUGGGCUGCCAAGUUGGGGCUGACUUUAUUAUUCUGGACCUCUAAGUGGGAUCCUGGCCUCCUAUGAGUGGACCCCUGUUUCAAUACUUUUGGGGGAAAGAGAUGCCUAAUAUUUUUUCUUGUUUUUGUUUGUUAUGUUUUAUUAUUAUUUGUUGUGACAGCCCUCAUUUGGACUGUGAUGAAGUAUUUGUCCAAAUUAGAACUGGCCCUCAAAUAUGAAGGUCAAUUAUUUUGAAAGAUAUUGAUGUCAAAUUUGCCAAUUAUAUAUAUACAUUUUUCUUCAUUUGUCUUUUUUUUUUUUUUUAAAUAUGAGAAAGAGAAAGAGCCUUGACAAAACAGUGGGUUUUUAAAGAUUCAUUCGUACGCAAGUCAUGCCAUCGACAGGCCCCCCCCCCCCCCCUUUUUUUGUUCCAGUCACGUGAUUUUUAUAUUAUUUUUGCUCUAUCAUUAUUUCUAUUCAAAGUUAUAAUGUGUUGAGUUGUAUUGACAAGUGACUAGAAAGACUUUCAGACUAGUGUGUUCAUUGUGGUGACUUCAAGUUGUUUGGGUUAUUCAAACAAGUGACUGUUAAAUACUUUCCAUGAAUGAAGCUCUUGAAACCCAUCUCAAGGCUGUUUGCUCACGACUUUCCGAAAUGCCAACCCCUUGUUACUACCAAAGAUUUUUUUUUUUACAUAUAUUCUUAUAACAACUACCACUACUAUUGACUAUUACUAUUAUUACAAUUAUUAUUAUAAUAUUACAUUUAUAUAUUCUAUAUUUUUAUACUCUCUCAAUGUCCGCAGAAGGAAAUAAAACAGUUGUUGCUGCAGUCCCCUUGCUCUUGUAAUUUUAUUUUGUGUGUGUGUUUGUUGACUUGGAUCUACGACUCCUUGCCAUGUAUUGGACACUAUUGUACAUUGUGUAUAUAAACUAUGUGCAUGACAUGAGGCAUUGCUUGCGACACAAUAGGGCGCACACACACUUUCACUUUAAGACACCCACUUUAAAAUUGACUUGUUUUGUUGUUCUUCUAAAGGAAAUAAAAUGUCCAAUAAUUGUCUGAACUGGUUUAGAUUAUAUAAUCUUUUGUCUAAUAAAGAAUCAUAUAUUAUUUUUUUUUAGUUUUCUGGCUAUAUGUUGAUCUAUAAUUAAGCUUGUUUUAAACUACAGAAGGAAGGAAAACAAAACCAAAAAGGAAAUAAAUAACAAAAUAAACUUGAAUUGUUAAUUCCAGACGCCACCAAAAUUGUUUUUAAUGAAUCCUAAACAAGAUUGUAAUGGCUAUUAGGAUUGAUUUCAUAAGAACAUUUUUUUGUGUUAGGUUCAUGAUGAAUUCAUGUACUGUUUUAAAUCAAUUCCACCGAAUAUUUUGUACAUAAUUGGAACUUAAUUUUUGUUCACUUUUCAGUCCCUGUUUUUUGUUGAAUAAAGUCCCUAUUUCCCCCACACAGGUCAGAACUACACAGACUAAGACAUACAUGCACACACAAAACAGACCAUACCUUGUUGAGUGGGCUGACCAUGUUCUCUCACCAUUUGCUCAAAAAAUAUAUCCCCUCCCCCCUUUCUCUCUCUGUGUUGACCCUGACCAGCUUUAUAUCAUGAAUUGUGUAAACAGCUUUAAUACACUUGUUUGUUUUGAUGAUUAUAUAACAAUUCCUCAUUCUAUGGAUGUCUUACUUAUGUUUUCAUAACUGUUUCUUACCCUUCAAGGUUUUCAUCUAUUUUCAUUUUGUACAUUUUAUUUUUGUAUCACAAACAAUUUAAAUAACCUUUUUUUUUUUGUGGUUUGUUUUAUAAAUAUUUUACUGAAUUUUUAAUUUAGUUCUUUGUCGACACAGGCGUAGAUUUAGUGGAAGGUUACAGAAGUGAUUAUUGGGAUAUGACAUGGCUCUAUCUUCUAGUGUUUUCUUUUUAUUUGGUCAGUAAAAUGUGAGAAUUUUUGGGGUCUUAUCAAACCUACUAAAUUGGAAAAUCUUUUACUCAAUAUAGAUAAGUUUUAGAAUGUAUGCCUGAGUGGGUAGUUUGAAAGACAUAUUAAGCUAUGAAUUAACUUCACUUGACUCGUGAUCUAGAUAUGUAAAGUUCUUGUCAUAAGAUAUUAUGUAACACUUCAAUAGAAGACACCCAAUGCUCUGAAAUUGUCAUUCCUUCAUUCUUUCCUCUCAUGAUCAUCUCUAGUCCUCUGUUAAAGUGAGUGCAUUUAUCAGCCUGGAUCUAGGUGCUUUUAAUGCCUAUCUCAUGUUAAUAAACAUAUAUGCAAGAUCUUA